AUGGAACAACCCGAACAUUAUUCUGAACAUGAAUUAUCUUCAUCAUUACAAUUUGAUUCAACACAUGACGAAACAACAAUUUCUUCAGUUAGUUCGCAACAAUCUGAUUGCAGCGAACAUGAUGAUACUACUCAACGUAAAACAAGAAAAAGUGGUGGUCCUGCUGGCAAAUUAGCACGUUUUGGAAACAAACAAGUGAUUAAAUACUCAGAUGAAUAUCAUAGUCGACGUGUAAAAAAUAAUGAAGCUGUGAAGAAAAGUCGAAUGAAAGCCAAAGAAAAACAAAAAACAACUGAAGUACAAAUGAAUAAAUUAACAGAUGAAAAUCGUUUGUUAAAUGAUCGUGUAGAUUUAUUAAUGCAAGAAUUACAAGUAUUACGAUCACUCUACAAAGGACUUAAACAAGACUCAACAAUGGAAAGUGGUCGACCAUUGGAACGAAUUAUUGCACCUUGA